UCAAGUGAUUUCUUCAGGUCGCUCUCUUCCAAAAAUGUAACCUAUGUUUGUGUAGGUACCUUUAAAGUCGUAGAUUUGUUGAGCGAUGAUAAUCCAUUAGGUUCUCCUUACAACAAGGCCACUUUCAUCCCGAUGCCAUUCUUUACAACUGAAGAGUUGGGUAAACUCUUCCGUUUGUACAGUGAAUUUUUUGAUGAGAUCAUCCCGAUCGAUAUACAGUCAGUCAUCAUGCACGAAUCCUUUGGACAUCCGGCGUCCUUUAUGAUCUUAUUAAAGCUCUAUCAUGAUCAUCGGACGUAUUCACCGAUCGAAUGGAACCGUUUAUUAAAAGAAAAUUUGGAAAGUUAUCUAAAUGGGACGCAUAUUAAAAUUAUAAGGGCAUUGCGAAUGAUGAAAUCAACAGAUCUAGCACAUGUUCGUGAUCUCACAGCAAUCAAAAACGAAUAUUGGAAAGUAGAUCUAUCAGACCUCAAUGAGAUUGACAAGUAUCUACUUAAUAUUGGCAUUCUUGUACCAUUAACAAAAGAUAGAGGAUCUAAUAGAAUUUCUUUCACGAGUAACGUUAUUUUUCGUGUUGUCUUUCGGGAGGUUUGGCCAAAGCCGAAUUCUUUGCAAAUACAAGAUGUGAAAGACCCUCUCUCUCUGUUAGUACGUGCACUACAAAAUAUUACACCGACCACAAUCAUAAACGAAAGAAUAAGAAAUCUGCAUGGACCGUCUGAAAAAGCUUUCCAAGCAGCAGUUUUCUGUGUUAUGAAUGAACUGCUUCCAACUUCAAUGGAUUGUUUAUUUGAAGUAAGAAUACGAGAGCAUGAGGCACUUGAUCUAAUGGUGAUUCAAGAUAAUAACGAUUGGUGCGGAUACGAGUUUAAAGUUGAAAAAAUAUUUUCGGCUCAGUUUAAAGAUCCGGUAAAACAGGCCAAAAGAUAUGCUGAGUAUUUUAGAAUGAACAUAUACUUGGUUAAUUUCUACCAUGAUGGUGGAUCAACUCCAGCUGUGGUUAAUGUUCCGAAAGACGUCACUUUAGUGAAUGUAAAGUACAAUGCGGAAUGCACAAAAUUUACUAUUAACACGAUUGAUAACGAGAUAUCGAUCAACGUCUCAUGAUUAUAAACAAACAUUCUGUUGGCUGUGCUGUUU